UAAGCUCUCCAACACAUCACAAGGAAGAGAUGAAAUUUCCAAACUUGGGAAUUUGUUUCUUCUUCUUCUUCAUCUUGUUUGACAUUGCAGCAGCACAAAGUGCUUUUCUGAAAAUCCAACUACCCAACGUUCCGCUAUCAGAAAAACGUUUCGGGUUUUUCAUAUUCGGAAAUUCUUUUGUGGAUGCUGGAAACAACAACUACCUCAAUGGCACCAUUAGAACUCGAAGCAACUUCCCACCCUAUGGCGAAUCCUUCUUCCCCAUCCCAACUGGUCGUUACUGUGACGGUCGUAUUAUACCAGAUUUCUUAGCGGAGUAUGCCGGAAUGCCUUUCCUUCCACCAUUUUUAGACCCCAACAACAGUAACUACAUGAAUGGUGUGAAUUUUGGAUCCGGCGGAGCUCCAAUCUUACCUGAGUCAACAAAUGAGACUGCCUUAUCACUUCAGACUCAGAUAGAGUUUUUCAAAAUAGUGGAGAAAUCAAUAAGAAAGGAUAUGGGGAAUGAAACAUUAUCUCAAACCUUCCUCUCUAACUCUGUUUUUCUCUUCAAUAUUGGAGGAGGUGAUAUCCUACAUCCUUUUGAAUCUAGCUUUGACAUCUUCAACACCAUUGAAUCCCAAGAACAAUACGCCAAUAUGGUGAUCAACAACAUGACAAUAGCUCUCAAGGAAAUAUACAAUCUUGGAGGAAGGAAAUUUGGGGUGCUUGGAGUGCUUCCCUCAGGUUAUCUACCAAGUUCAAGAUUGGCAAAAAAUGAGGAAUUUAUCCAAAAGAGUAAUUCACUGUCAAAAGUUUACAACAAAUUGCUUUUAAUUGCUCUUCAAAAACUUGUCAAACAACUCAAAGGAUUCAAAUACUCUUAUGUUGAUGCUUACAAUUUCUUCAUGCAAAGAAUUCAAAACCCUACCAAAUACGGUUUCAAGGUGGUGGACACAGCAUGUUGUGGAAGUGAUGAGUUUAGAGGGUCUUAUAAUUGUGGAAGAAAUACAGGGACUAUACCGUUCAGUCACUGCAAAAAUAUCAGUGACUAUUUGUUCUAUGAUUCUUAUCAUCCAACUGAAAAGGCAUAUGAACAGUUUGCAAAACUGAUAUGGAGUGGAGGUGUUGACAUUGUUAAGCCUUAUAGUUUCAAACAACUCUUUCAAUCUGACUCAACUUUUGGCGUUUGAUUGAGAAAAAUGUGUAAUAUAUAUAAGAGGUUUAUUUUUCCCUCUCUCUAAGGAAUGUAGUUGUGGAUUUUGAUCAUAAUUAAACUGUUUGAUUUGCGGAAUAUAACUACUUAAUAUUGUUGUUACGGAUUUGCGACAUGGAGCUCGGCCAAUUUGGUUUACAAUAGGAGAAAAAUAUGGAGUCGCCAAGUUUGGAUUUAGGAGUGCUUGGUUAGGCACCCAAAUGUAUUUGCUAAAAUGAUUUGUAAACAAAGAUAAAGUGUUCGAA